CUGGCAAAAUGUGCCAGGACUACUUGGACAGGAUACUCACACGUAGCACUAGCAGCUUGGCUGCUACAAGCUGAACCCAUUUUGGGUAUUUUUCUGACAACUGUCAAUGUUUCGUGGAUUCCUGCUCAAGAACCCUGGAUUAACAUGUAACUUGAACGACUGAGACAAAAUACAGUUAAAGCACAAUGUCUGGGUCAGUGAGACUGCACAGCAUCAAAAAGCUUGGACAGGAAAACAAUGGUUAUGAAUUUUCUGAUACAGAAAAAACUGACGUAUACAUGACCAUGUCGUCCCCAAAGGAAGACAAAGCGGGCAAGAAAAAGGAUGAGGGAGCCAUCAGAAUAGGCUUCUUCCAGCUGUUUCGGUUCGCCACCGGCCACGAGAUCCUCAUGAUGAUCGGAGGGAGCGUAUGCGCCCUGCUGCACGGCUCCGCACAGCCGCUCAUGCUGCUCGUAUUUGGGAUGUUAACGGACGCGUUCAUCGAUUACGACACGGAGCUCCAGGAACUGGCAAACCCAAACAAGGCAUGCAUCAACAAUACCAUUCAAUGGACGAACCAGUCCGCAGAAGAGAACCUUGAUCUAAAUAUGACAAGGCCAUGUGGGUUUAUGAAAAUUGAGGAGCAAAUGACCUUCUUUGCCUACUACUACGUGGGCAUUGGACUAUCUGUAUUUAUCUUGGGAUACCUCCAGAUCUCCCUAUGGGUGACAUCAGCAGCACGUCAGAUCCAGAUCAUUCGGAAGACAUAUUUCCAGAAGGUAAUGAGGAUGGAGAUCGGAUGGUUCGACUGCAACUCUGUGGGAGAGUUGAACACCAGGAUGUCAGAUGACAUCAACAAGAUCAACGAUGCCAUUGCUGACCAAGUAGGCAUCUUCAUCCAGCGUUUCACCACUUUUGUGUGCGGCUUCUUGCUGGGCUUUGUGAAAGGAUGGAAGCUCACGCUGGUCAUGAUUGCAGCCAGCCCGUUGAUUGGAGUGGGAGCUGCCCUCAUGGCUUUGUUUGUGGCCAAGCUGACCGGUCGGGGGCUGCUAGCCUACGCCAAGGCGGGGGCGGUCGCAGACGAGGUGCUGUCCUCCAUCAGAACUGUGGCAGCUUUUGGAGGAGAACAGAAAGAAGUAGACAGGUAUGACAAGAACCUCAUCGCUGCCCAGCAAUGGGGGAUCCGUAAGGGGAUCAUCAUGGGGUUCUUCACAGGGUACUUGUGGCUCAUCAUCUUCCUCUGCUACGCCCUGGCCUUUUGGUAUGGCUCCAUACUGGUGUUAGACACAGUGGAGUACACCCCAGGAACCCUGCUGCAGGUAUUUUUUGGUGUCCUGAUAGCGGCUCUGAGCCUUGGACAAGCUUCUCCGUGUCUGGAGGCCUUCGCCUCAGGGAGAGGAGCAGCUACCCUCAUUUUUGAGACAAUUGAAAGAGAGCCAGAGAUCGACUGCAUGUCAGAAGCUGGGUACAAACUGGACAGAGUGAAAGGAGACAUUGAGUUUCAUAAUGUCAGCUUCUACUACCCUUCAAGACCUGAAGUCAAGAUUCUUGAACAACUGAAUGUAUCUGUGAAGUCUGGGGAGACAACAGCUUUUGUGGGACCAAGUGGAGCUGGGAAGAGUACCACUGUUCAGCUCAUACAGCGCUUCUACGAUCCCAAGGAGGGCAUGGUGACCCUAGAUGGCCAUGAUAUCCGGGGACUGAACAUUCAGUGGCUCCGCUCUCUGAUUGGAAUCGUGGAGCAGGAGCCUGUGUUGUUUGCCACCACCAUCGCUGAGAACAUCCGCUUUGGCAGGCCAGGCGUGUCCAUGGAGGACAUUGUGACGGCAACAAAGGAGGCCAACGCCUACAACUUCAUCAUGGACUUGCCCCAGAAAUUUGAGACCCUUGUGGGAGAAGGAGGGGGUCAGAUGAGCGGAGGGCAGAAGCAGAGGAUAGCCAUCGCUCGAGCCCUGGUCAGGAACCCCAGGAUAUUGCUGCUGGACAUGGCCACCUCUGCCUUGGACAACGAGAGUGAGGCUGUGGUACAGGAAGCGCUAGAUAAGGUGAGGAUGGGCCGUACCACCAUCACCAUAGCCCACCGGCUGUCUACGAUAAAGAACGCGGAUGUCAUUGUGGGCUUUGAGCGUGGCCGUGCAGUGGAGAGAGGCAAACACGAAGAGCUCUUGGACAGGAAAGGGGUCUACUUCACCCUGGUGACCCUGCAGAGCCAGGGUGACAAGGCUUUAAAUGAGAAGGCUCGGGAAAUGGCUGAAGAGAAAGAAUUGUUAGAAGUGGAUCCCGGGAAAAAGAAUGCUUUUGAGUCUGGGAGUUAUCGGGCAAGCUUAAGAGCUUCUAUCCGCCAAAGGUCAAGGUCACAGCUGUCGAAUGUGAUCCCAGAGGCUUCGAUAUCUAUUGCUGGAGAGCCGGUGCGGCCUUACAGUGACUCAACAGUCUCAAGUGACAUAGACAAAACGAACCCUAUACCUGAGGCACAGGAGAAAAUAGAGCCAGCGCCUGUGACCCGGAUCCUGAAAUACAAUGCCCCAGAAUGGCCUUACAUGGUGUUCGGCUCUAUAGGCGCUGCUGUGAAUGGUGGAGUUAACCCCCUCUAUUCAUUAUUGUUCAGCCAGAUUCUUGGGACUUUCUCAAUGACUGAUACAGUUGCCCAGAGAGACGAAAUCAACGGAAUCUGUGUGUUGUUCGUACUCAUCGGAGUGAUUUCAUUCUUCACACAGAUUCUUCAGGGCUAUGCUUUCUCCAAGUCUGGGGAGCUGCUGACCCGGAGGCUGAGACGGCUGGGCUUCCAGGCCAUGUUGGGCCAGGAGAUCGGCUGGUUCGACGACCACAGGAACAGCGCCGGGGCCCUGACCACACGCUUGGCCACCGACGCCUCCCAAGUCCAAGGGGCCACCGGCUCCCAGAUAGGCAUGAUCGUCAACUCCCUGACCAACAUCGGAGUGGCCAUCAUCAUCUCCUUCUACUUCAGCUGGCAGCUCAGUCUGGUCAUCAUGUGCUUCCUGCCCUUCCUGGCGCUCUCCGGGGGUUUUCAGGCCAGGAUGCUCACCGGAUUCGCCAAGAUGGACAAGCAGGCCAUGGAGGCCGCGGGACAGAUUUCUGGUGAGGCACUGAAUAACAUCCGCACCAUUGCUGGUCUGGGGAAAGAGAAAAUGUUUGUGGAAAUGUUUGAGGUCCAGGUGGAAGCUCCAUACAACGCAGCCUUGAAAAAGGCCAAUGUGUACGGUGCCUGCUUUGGCUUUGCCCAGUGUGUGAUCUUCCUGGCCAAUGCUGCCUCCUAUAGGUUUGGAGGAUUUUUAGUGGAACAACAGGGGCUCCACUUCAGUAUCGUGUUCAGAGUUAUCUCAGCUAUUGUGACGAGUGGGCAAGCCCUAGGACGUGCUUCCUCUUACACACCUGACUACGCCAAAGCCAAGAUUUCAGCAGCCAGGUUUUUCCAGCUACUUGACCGCAGAUCCAAAAUCAAUGUUUACAGUCAAGAGGGAGAGAAAUGGCCUGAUUUUAGAGGUAAUAUUGAGUUCAUUGACUGCAAGUUCACGUACCCGACCCGCCCAGACAUCCAGGUGCUGAACGGUCUGACGGUGUCGGUGAAGCCUGGCCAAACUCUGGCCUUUGUGGGCAGCAGCGGCUGCGGAAAAAGCACCAGUGUCCAGCUGCUGGAGAGGUUCUACGACCCUGACCAUGGCACUGUGCUGAUUGAUGGCCAUGACUCAUGCCAAGUCAACGUACAGUUCCUGCGCUCGAAGAUUGGGAUUGUCUCCCAGGAGCCCAUCCUGUUUGACUGCAGCAUUGCAGAAAACAUUAAGUAUGGGGACAACUUUCGAGACAUCAGCAUGGAUGAUGUAAUUACUGCAGCAAAGAAAGCCCAACUGCAUGACUUCGUCAUGUCACUGCCUGAGGGUUAUGACACUAAUGUGGGCGCCCAGGGCUCCCAGCUCUCCCGCGGACAGAAGCAGCGCAUAGCCAUCGCCCGCGCCAUCAUCCGAAACCCCACCAUCCUGCUGCUGGACGAGGCCACGUCUGCCCUGGACACAGAGAGCGAGAAGACGGUCCAGGAGGCGCUGGACAAAGCCAGGGAGGGCCGGACCUGCAUCGUUAUCGCCCACCGCCUCUCCACCAUCCAGAACUCGGACACCAUCGCCGUGAUGUCCCGAGGAUUCCUGAUGGAGAAAGGCUCGCACAAUGAACUCAUGGCCCUGAAGGGCGCUUAUUACAAACUGGUCACAACAGGAGCGCCCAUCAGCUAAGGACAAAGAGUGCCAAUGCCACUGCUUCCCAAAACAGCUCAGGCGUGGGUGACAGAACCAAUUCGUAUUUGGCCUUGAGGUUUUUAGCAUAGCAGCGUACAUUUAACAUGUUUUAUAAACAUUUUGAACAUUUCGGGUGGGUGUGUGUAUUCAUACAAAACCAUAUUGACUUGAAUUUAAGGGGAUUCUAAUUAUCAAAAAAUUAUUUAAAUUAUUAUUUUGAACAAACUAUUUUAUUUAACAAGAAUGUAAUAUCAUUGCAACAUCUGUAAUAUACAGAAAUGUAAUAAUUUGUAACCACUUUUAUUGUUUGAAUUCAAACAUUUGAAAUAUUUGAACUGAAUAUAGUAAAGGACUGAAACCUG